CUGUCAAUCAUCUGUCUAGACAGGUAUCAGAACUACUAAUGGUUAGAAAAACACAUUUUGGGAAUCAUUCAGAUGUUACCGUGUACGUUUCAGAGUUGAAAAUUUAAGGUUAAAUGAACCUUCUCACUGUAAUAUAAAUCAAUUUAUUAUUGAUCGUUGUAGAAAAACGUGUCAUCACUUGUCAAUGCUGUUGUUUUCAAACCAGCAGGGAAUCCUUUGGGAUUUAUAUGGUAUCUAGUAACUUCAUAGGCUUAUGCACUAGUCUUCAUUCAGAAGAGCAGGAACCUACUUUCUACAGAGAUUUAUGAACCAAAAAGAAAGUAGGCAGGAGUUCGGUGUACUCAAUAUUUGCCUUUUUUUAACUGAUAAAAACCUGUUUCCAGCUGUUACCAAAUGGCUACAUCUAUUUGGGAAUGUAUGUAUGUACCAUUCUAGGUAAACGUGGAAUACAUGGUUAUUUGCUUUUUAACUCAAUAAAGAAAUAUUUUUGUGGUCUGUGGAUGUACAAAAUUCAUCAGAGCUGACAGCUACUUCUGUUCUUUCAGUCUGAGCUUUUACACCAAGAUUUGUAUGUAGGUUACUGGUCAUUUACAAUAUCGCCUUAAUAGAUAAAACGGUUUGAAGAAACAGCUCUACUAACACAGCUGUUAGUUCUGCUUCUGGGUUGCUUCACUUCCUUCCUACACUGCAACUGCCACACGGGAAAUUUCAGAAGCAGAGCCAGAACUAGGCCUCUCAGCCACGUGAACAGAAUCUGGAGCAAACACACUGGUCACUCACGGCUUCGCAGCAGGAAUAGGCAGGGGAAGGGAGCCGAGCAGCAGCGGACCAGGGCAGCAGGGAGGCCGCGCGCCUUCUCCUAGCGCGUUUUCCAUCGCACACACCCAGUCUCUCCCCGGCGGCACAUGCACAUUAACUCUCCAGGGCUGCCGCACGGGUCGGCAGGGCCCAGCCUUUUUAAGGCACAGAGCACACUGCGCGAGAAGACUGGGCGACCUACCACGGCCUCGCGCACGCAGGCAGAAGUACUGCAACUCAACCCCCACCCUCAGCCCGCACAGCACUCCCCGCAGCAGGCGCUCCCGCCCCCCGCCAUGGCCCAUCCCCGGGGCGGGCCCCGGGUCCGAACGGGGCGGCUUGCCCGCGGCCCAUUUCCUGGUUGCUGUCUGGGGAUGGAGAGGCUGUGCCUGCUGUGGUGCCUGCUGAGGCUGGCGGCGGCGCAGCCCCCCCCGCACCUGGUGCUGGUGCUGGCCGACGACCUGGGCUGGGGUGACGUGGGCUGGCAUGGCUCGGCCAUCCGGACGCCGCGGCUGGACGCGCUGGGGGCGGGCGGCGUGCGGCUGGAGCGCUACUACACGCAACCGCUGUGCACGCCCUCGCGCAGCCAGCUCCUCAGCGGCCGCUACCAGAUCCACACGGGUUUACAACACCAAAUAAUUUGGCCGUGCCAGCCCAGCUGUCUACCACUUGAUGAGAAACUCCUCCCAGAGCUUCUUAAAGAUGCAGGAUAUGUUACUCACAUGGUGGGGAAGUGGCAUUUAGGGAUGUACAGGAAAGAAUGCCUUCCAACCCGCAGAGGAUUUGAUACUUACUUUGGUUAUCUGCUGGGGAGUGAGGAUUAUUAUUCUCAUGAUCACUGCGUGAUCAUCAAAGCAAAGAAUGUAACACGCUGUGCUCUGGACUUCCGAGAUGGAGAAGAAGUUGCAGCUGGGUUUAAAAACAUGUACUCAACAAAUUUAUUUACAGAAAGAGCUAUAGACCUUAUAGCCAAUCAUAGAACUGAGAAGCCCCUCUUUCUCUACCUCGCUUUUCAGUCUGUCCAUGAACCUCUUGAGGUCUCUGAAGAGUACAUGAAACCGUAUUCCUCCAUUAAAGAUGAAAAAAGGCGCCAUUAUGCAGGAAUGGUAUCUCUUAUGGAUGAAGCUGUAGGAAAUCUUACUGAUGCUCUGAAAAAGUAUGGCCUUUGGGAUAACACUGUUUUUAUUUUCUCUACUGAUAAUGGAGGACAAACUAUGGCAGGUGGAAAUAACUGGCCGCUGAGGGGAAGAAAAUGGACCCUCUGGGAAGGAGGAGUUAGAGGAGUAGGCUUUGUUGCAAGUCCCUUACUGAAGCAAAAAGGUGUAGAAAGUCACGAACUUAUCCAUAUCUCUGACUGGCUACCGACACUGGUGCACCUUGCUGGAGGACAUACCAAUGGCACUAAGCCUUUGGAUGGCUUUGAUGUUUGGAAAACUAUCAGUGAAGGAAGACCUUCCCCCAGAGUGGAACUGCUUCAUAACAUAGAUCCCAUGUUUGUGGAUAAUUACCCAUAUCCAUCUACUUCCUUACUGGGAAAUACUGAAGGAGGUCUUGAUUUUAUUUCCAGUUACCAUUCUGUUUUUAUGAUGUAAGGUAGAGUUUCUAAUUCACCAAACCAAACUGUCUGUAAAUCAAAACCAUCCUAUUCUCACAGAAUAUUUUGCAUCUGUGGGUGCUAGAAAAGCAUAUCAAUCAUUAAGUUAAAAUGUAGGAGACAGUAAUAAGUUAAGAAUCUGAUUCUCAUGGUGUAUGCAGUAAAUUUGCAUAAAUUCUUACAUAAAUUCGAAAUUUUAUGUAUGAAUUUGCUAUGAGUGAAAUUGGAAUUACCCAAACCCAUCUGAACACACCAUUACCACCUUAAAUGCUUACUUUCUAUUUGUCAAACAAAAUAUCUGUGUGUAUUACAUGAUGUGAAACAGAAAAUAUGGAGAAGUUUCAUACAUCCUGAAAUUUCAUGCAGUCUGUUGGGGAGAAAUUUCUUCUGAAGGAAAGAUCACAGUUCAAAACCCUUUUUAUCAACCAGGAACAUUUGGGCCAGGAACUUGGGUCCCUAAAACUGCAAUGUUGGACUGGAUUUUUUGGAACUGAGAGAGAAUCUCUCAUUCUGUCAGGUGCAUCCCCAUGUAAAUUUAACUCUUAGUUUUGAGGUUCCCUUUAUUAAAAUUAUAUAUUUAAUUGGCCUGAGCCUUCUCUUUAUUUCCAGUUUAUUGAAAAAAUAAAUGAGUUCAUCAUUAAAUUGACAUUAUUUCUAAUUGCUGUACUGGACAAAAGUAAUGUAUGUAGCCUGCACUUGCAUGGCACUUUCGGUGUGACCUGAGCAUUUUCUCCUGUAGGGAGGAAACUAUUGCACAUUUGGAAAAAUAUUAUCCAAUAAAAGUUCGAAAGAUGUAAUUAUGGGAAGCAGUUCUGACCACAAAGAAAAGUUAUGAUGUGGCUUCCUGAGCUGUAGUGCAAUAAAGUUACAGUUCGUUUGUCUUUUUUGUAUUUCUCUUACUGAUGGCACACUCCUAUAAAUAGUUUUUUGGGUGCCUGCUAACCGAAGACUGGCUUUCUUCUGUUGUUUUGGGUGAAAGCCUUCUCUGUUUAAAGGGCAUCGUGUAAGUAAAUGUUUCAAAUCCUGAUAAAAGAGUAAAAUGAUUUACAUUAGAAAAGAAGGUGUGAGGUACAAUGCUUUAGAUUUAUUUUGAUGGAGGCAGCAGAGAAUGGUACUAUUGCUGUUUAUAUGGCAAUAUAUAGGAGCUAUUGAAUGCAGUAGAGAUUUAUUACAUAAUUAAAACAGUAUGUUGAUUUUAAACAUAGUAGUGAACAUACUGGAAAAUAUCCUCUCUCUGUUUGAGUUUCACAUGUAAGUGGUUUUUGGUCUGUGAGUCCCAGACUUCUGUCUGGGGAUCUCCUCUGUGGUUUUUAUAGGCUACUAAUCAGAUCACAAGAGGCAAGAAGGCAUAUGCAUUACCUUACUAUGAAAAUAAUAUGAGUUAUUGUUUGUUUUAAAUUCUAGUGGUAAUAGCCAGUGUUUUUUUUUUCCCAGUAUUCUGUUAAACUGUUAAGCACAUUUCUACUCUAUAAUGCACAGAGUUGUUCACUUCUCCCUAGCAGAAACAUUUUUACCAAGUAAAGACGUUUCUUUGUCACUCAGUGUUUUAGAGUAUAAUCUGAACAUAAUACUAAAAAGAAAAAAAAAAUGUUGCAAUUUUAUGUUGCAAGGCAACAUUACGUUUUGAAAUCUCAUCUUCCUGUAGUGACUGACUUAAGUCACUUCACAAACUGUGUGGACAAGAUUAUACUGUUUUAAAUGCAGUAUCUUUUUUAGACAUAUGCAUAAGGACCACUGUUCCUAAAAGCUGAGAAAGGGCAAUACUGCAAGCACUAGUUUCUGCAGUGCAGUAGUUUCUCCUCUUCUGACUGUAUGAUGAAGCUUUUUUACAUCUGUGAUCCUUGCUCUAAAGGCAUAAUUGGUAGAAUCUUACUGUAUGUGUCAGUUACAGCUCUGUAUCUCUCCAGGUUGUAUUGGCAGAAAUGUUUAAUCUGACUCUAGGGAACCUGCUUUAGCAGGGGUGUUGGACUUGAUGAUCCCCAGAGGUCCCUUCCAACCCCUACAAUUCUGUGAUUCGGUGGUCUUUUUGAGUCCCUUCCAAACUGGGAUUCUCUGAGUCUAAUUCUGCAUCUGCAAGCGUGAGCAGUCCCAUCUAGUGUAUGUAAUCUUCUUGAAAGAGGCACUCAGAACUCUCUUGCAGUGCUGUCGUAGUAACAAAUGCUUGUGUAGUACCUACAAACAAAAUGAACUUUAUUUUAUGCAACAGCAGAAGACCAAAAGAUCAGAGAGGUGCUGUAGCCAUUCUGAUAGCAAUAAGCUGAGAUGCUAUUAAGGGAAGGUUUUACAAAGUGAUACAAAUUGCAUUUGAGGAUGUAGACAAGAUUGUUAAGAGAAUGUAGUCUAGUCUAGUCUAGUUGGAACAUGGCUGUUACUGGAAACAGAAAACUAUUAGUCAGGCAAAUAAUUUUGUAACUCAUCCAGUGUUCCACUGUGUUUGAGUUUUUCUUUUUGUGGGUGUGUUCUGUGUAGUAUUGCCAUUUGGUGUUGAUCUAGUCAGUUUUUGAAAAUGUCGGGUCCAGGUCCAUACCAUAGUCACUUUGUAAUGACAUGGACAGCCUUGAAAGCUGGGCAGAGAGGAACCUUAAAAGGUUCCACUUGGACAAGCAUAGAGUCCUACACCUGGGGAGGAAUAGCUGCAUUUAUCAGUAUGGAUUAGGGGCUGACCUGCUGGAAGGGAGCUCUGCAAAGAAGAACAUAAAUAUCCUGGACCACAGGUUGGCCAUGAGCCAGCAAUGUACCCUUGUCUUCAGGAAGGCCAGUGUUAUCCUGGAGUACAUUAAGAAAUGCAUGACCAGCAGACUGGGGGAGUUCUCCCCCUGCUCUUCUGCCCUAAUGAGGCCACAUCUGAAGUACAGUGUCCAGCUCUGGGCUUCCCAUUUCAAGAAAGAUGAGGAGCUACAGUGAAGGACUGUAAAGAUGAGGAGGGGCCUGGAGCACCUCCCUUCUGAGGAAAAGCUGAGAGACCUGGGACUGUUCUGCCUGGAGGAGACUAAGGGGAUAUCUUAAUCGAUGCUUAUAAAUAUCCAGAGGGUGGGUGUUGUAGGGAAAGGCAAUGGCAGAUAACCAGUUCUAAAUUACCCAAAAAAGGGCGGUGGUCACAAUCCAGUUAAAGAAAGAAGGAUUUGUUUACCUGUCCCAACGAUCAGGGCUUGCAAAUACUCCAAAAGGAGGGAUCUCCAGGUAGAGAUCCUUCCCUUGUGGCAGCAAGCCCUUAAAUGAGGCUUCUGGUCGUACAGGUGAAUUGCCUUCACAUGUGCUCCCAGGUCUGGCUGUGUCCCUUCACAAGGUACUCAAUCAAUGGUUCAGGCUGUGACUUAGCAAUUGUCAUGGAGGUGUCAGGUGGACGGGGCCAGACUCUUCUUUCAGUGGUACCCAGUGACAUGAUGAGGGGCAGCAGGCACAAAACUGGAACACAGAAAGUUCCAUACGAGCAAGAGAAGGAACUUGUUCACUUCAGGUGUGACAGAGCACUGGCACAAGCUGCCCAAAGAAGAGUCUCCUAUAGAAGAAGAGACUGUAGAGUCUCCUUAUUUGAAGAAAUUCAAAAUUGGCCUGGACACCUUCCUGUGCAACAGACUGUGGGGAGCCUGCUUUAGCCGGGGGUUGGAUUAGAUGAUCUUCAAAGGUCUUUUCCAAGCCCUACAAUUCUGUGAUUGUGUAAUCUCAGUUUUCACUCCUCUUUUCCAGGUCAUUUGGAAUAUAUCUAACAAUAUGAACUCCAGCACAAAUUCUUUCUGCAAUCCAGUGAUGUAUCCGGUGUGAAAUUAAAACUUUGUGUCCACUUUUAUUUAGAUGCCUUCCAACUGAUGUGAUGAUCUUUCCUCUUAUCCCAUGGCUAAUUAAUUUAUUUGUCUAGAGCCUUUUGGAAAUCCAGCUAGGCUCUUUCUGUCAGAUUUUCUUUGUCAAGAGCAGACAGAUUUCUUCAAAAUGAUUAAUGUUAUCUUCUCUUCUUAUGACAAGUCUUAGACUUAACACCGUCUACCUUUUCCACUUUCCUUAAAUAAUUCACACAGUGUAAGAAGUAAGCUUUUGGUAUGUAUGGGCCCUGUUUUAUGUUAUUUAAGUCUUGAAAUGGAAUAAGCAAGUAAGUGAUAGAAGAAGUUGCAUACCCAGACGCAUCUUCUACUGAAAUAAUUUUUAAGAACUACAGAGAUAAUUUUUUAGUUACUAAUAGAAUACCUGGAAGCAGUAUACAUUGUAAAUUGUGAAGCUUUAUGUAAAUGCAAGUUCUAAACUAUAUAGGUACCCAAGUACUACACACAAACACUUGUGUGACAAGUAACGUUGAUGAUAUUUCUAUGAUAGUAUUUUCCCUGCAUAUGGUUGAAUUUCUUAUUAUGUAUAGAAAUUUGUAUAUACAAUACUGCUACCUUUCUAUUUUUCAGUUCCUUGGCAAAGUAUAGAUAACUGCUUUAGUUUUUGCUUUACUGAUAAAGAAAUGAAUAUAUGUUUCUUUUGCUUCUUUUAUCCAUCAAGGGCCCUGACUGUAUGUAGCUGCUUAUAGAUGAAAGCUUCUGUUACUGUGUAGUAUAUUGGAAAAUUGUAGAGACGUGGACUCUGCAAUCUGGUGCUCAUGUAAGCUGUUUAGAUUACAUCUUUGGGCAGGGCUCUGUUUCCCAGAUAAUUAAGAAGUUAACAUUCAUUUCCCUAAAUCCAAUACCCUGUAUUUCCUCCCUGCAUUCUCAUAUCAUAGACCAUAGUAUACAGAAAUACAGCAUGCUUCAUAGCAAUAUUAUUUAGACCUCCAAAUUUUGUGGUUGGUCUCUUGCUAAGUGGUAUGUUAGAGAGAAUUCUCUGCUCUUUAGUCUUUUACCAGCCAAGAGAACUUAUUCUCCACAUGGGUAAUUUUCAUCAUCAUAAUCACAAUUUGAAGGCAGAAUAUUCUAUUUUAAUAUGUACUCUCCAUUUCUGUCUCUGUAUUUUAGAUUUCUACUAGUGGAGUUGGUUUCAGUGGGGGAAAAAAUGGAGAGCUAUGGGAGUGUUUAUUACAUUUCUACAAGUAUCAUACUUAUGUAUUAUAGAUAUAUUUCCCUAUAUAUACUCACUUUUUUAAAAUUUCAGAUGGAAAUCUAGAGACUUUUUUCUUCCUUUUUAUGAUUAAUAAUUAGGAAAUUCUAAAUUAAUAUACUCUUCUAUAAAUUUAUUAAAUGUAGUGAAAUGUUUUCAACAAAUAUACAUAUUGGACAAAGUUAAAGUAGAAAGCUCAGGCUUCAGUCUUUUUUGCCUUGCAAAUUUAUGCAGUACAGGUAUUGACUAUUGUGAAAUUUUUUUUAAACAGAUUAUUGAGUAUUUGAAAUAUUUUCAUUGUAAAGUAGAAAUAAGAUUGAAGUGUGGUCGUGUAUGCAAAGUUGCUGACUGGUCUGAAUUUUCUGACCUAGCUAUCAAGCACUGUGUUGCAGUGGCAUUUUGUUAUUUGUGCUUUUUUGACAUUGCUUACAUUGGGCAAACUUUUUUUGUUGUUUUUAAUAAUAAUUAAUUUUUUUAGUGUCUACUCUUGACUGAAUAUUAAAUGUUUAAUGAACUAUCAGUGAUAUCAAUGAAACCUAUCAGGAGUAUCAUGAGACUUAGAAAAUAUACAGAUUUGAUUUACAGACUGUAGAGAGCUUCUGAUAAAACACUUGAAGUUGUAAAAUUUAGUAAAACUGUAUCAACCCUUCUUUUUUAAACACCAAAUAACAUCACAGACAUCAAAUGGUCAAAGUUAUUUUGGUGUACAGUAGUAGCAGAAGAAUUGAAAAGUUAACUAGAGAGUAUGCUAGAAAUGACUUGUGGUGUACAUGUGUUUCAAGACUACAGUUAAGUAUAUAUGAUUCAGCUUCAGGUUCAACAAACUUUUCAUCCCCUUCUGUUAAGUACACGUAGAGUUUAAUGUAACAAAAGGGAUUGCAUAAAUCGGUUGACUCCCCUCCUGUUUAUAGUACCUUCAGGUACUGGAAGGCAGCAAAGAUAUCACUCCGCAGCCUUCUCUUCUCCAGCCUGAACAAGCCCAGCUCCCUCAGCCUGUCUUCCCUGGGGAGGU